AUGUCUACGAACCAGACCAUUGUCAUUGUUGGCGCUGGCUUCGGUGGUAUUGCCGCUGCGAUACAUUUGAAGGAUAAGCUCGGGUUCAAGGACUUCGUGAUACUCGAGAAAUCCUCAGGUGUUGGAGGCACCUGGCGUGAAAAUCAAUAUCCUGGCUGCCUGUCCGAUGUUGUGAUUCACUACUACUCCUUGUCGACCGACCUGAAGCACGACUGGGAGAAUUUAUGUGAAUUUCAACCUAACAUUCUAAAAUACGUUGAAGGCGUAACGGACAAUCACUCUCUACGACACCACAUGGUUUUCAGCACCGAAGUGAUUUCCGCGGAAUGGCAAGAGGAUGCCCAAUUCUAUACGGUUGAAACCCGAGAUACGAAGACGGGUGCCCCGAAGACAUGGAAAGCCAGGAUCAUCAUAUCAGCACAUGGAAUACUGCACAUACCAAGAAUGCCUGUGAUACCGGGCUUGGAGAACUUCAAGGGCACUGUCAUGCACUCGGCUCGGUGGGAUAAAUCCGUGGACUUGCGUGGCAAGCGCGUUGCGGUCAUUGGGAACGGAAGCAGCGGAGCCCAAAUUAUGUCUAACAUUCCAGCCAUAGAAGGCAUCCAGGUGACACAGUUUUAUCGCACGAGGAAUUGGCAUCUGCCUGGCUUUGGACGACCGAUGAGCGGUGUCAUGAAUUGGGCUCUUACACAUGUCCCAUUCCUCUCAGUUCUUUUCCGAUGGUUUAUUUUCUGGGUGUUCGAGCUGUCCUACGUGAUCAUCUUCCGAGCCUUGGUGCCGAGAGCCCUCCUUGUAAAGCUCUUAGCAGCCUCCACACGUUCGACUGCGCCCAAGGAGUAUCACGACAUUCUCAUCCCAUCUUUCCCUGUCGGCUGCAGGCGAAUUAUCUAUGGCUCAACCUAUUUCUCUGUUUUACGUCGACCGAAUGUCGGGAUAUCGAGGAGUGGAAUUGCUUCGGUGUAUUCUAAUGGUGUCAUCACGGAAGAUGGCAAGAACCUUCCCUUCGACGUCAUUAUAUGCGCCACGGGGUUCGUCGUUGAUACAUUUCCGUAUGGCCUGCGUGGAAGAGAGACGACCAUUCAAGAGUUCUAUGCCAGUAAAGGUGGUCCGAAUGCCUAUCUAGGUACCACAAUACCGGGAUUCCCUAAUUUCUGCAUGCUCGGUGGCCCAAAUACAUCUACAGGAUAUACCUCCGUCCUGUUCUUCGAGGAAUGCCAAAUGCAGUACAUCGGCCAGCUCAUCAAGCCAAUCCUCGACGGAACAGCGACUUCGUUCGAAGUGACCUCUGAAGCCAACGACGCUUAUAAUGACACGAUUCAAGAGGGCAUGAAGCACACACCCUUUACCUUUUGCCGGUCCUGGUAUCGUGUUGGAGGGAGCGGCAAGAACUCGUCGAUAUUUCCUGGUUCUGCCAUCACCUUCUGGUGGUGGUGCCAGAGCGUGAAUUGGAGGCAUUACAAGAUUAAAGGAUUGAAAGCAGGGAUGUCGUCAUCACAGCAGCGCAUUUGGGUGAAGGAUACAGUCUUCGUUAGCAGUGCGAGUCUUCUUGCUCUCUCUGCGGCGUAUGCAUAUAUUCGAGGAUGA